AUGCUGCAGACCAACCCCUAUCCUAAACCACUCCGCAAUAUCGUCAAAACUCUGGACCGAGUGAUCGCAGCUGCAGAAGGACCCGGAAACUAUCGAAUGAGCAUGGAAUUCGUCAGGCAGCGCCAAUUUCGGAGCGACGCGAUCAUCGUCUGGCCCUGCGAGGAAGAGCACGGUCCUUCCGCAGCGGGGCCCCAGGCGCAGGAUGCAAGCAUGAUGGAUCUCGCAGCACUGUCCUUUGACGAAACAUGGUGGGCGCAUGUGCUACGGUCCUGGGGCAUAUGGCCCGAGUAA